AUGGCGAGCGCAUCCAGAAAAGAGCUCUUGAGCAAGGUAUACAAGAUGAUCCCACCGAUGCUCGAGAGCUUCCACAAAGGUCAAUUGGGCCGUGUAGCAGUUAUUGGCGGCAGCGAAGACUACACAGGCGCACCCUACUUCUCCGCAAUGGCCUCCGCAAAGCUAGGCUGCGACAUGUCGCACGUAAUAUGCGAACCCGGCGCCGGCCAAGUAAUCAAAACCUACUCCCCAAACCUCAUGGUGCACCCCUACAUGCGCCAAUCGAAGAACCUCCUCCAAUCCGAGAAUCUCGACACCGUCUCUUCCGAAGUCACCGCCAUGCUCUCACGCCUACACGUUAUCGUCAUCGGGCCCGGUCUGGGCCGCGACAAGCUUAUGCAAGAUACUUGCGCGCGUGUGAUUGAAGAGGCGCGGAAACAGGGCAUUCCGUUCGUGCUAGAUGCAGAUGGUCUAUACCUCGCGCAGACGCGGCCCGAGCUUGUGGAUGGGUGCACCGAGUGCAUUCUCACGCCUAAUGUGGUGGAGUUCGGCAGGCUGGCGAAGGCAAAGGGUGUGAACAUUGAUGAGGGCGAACCGUCGGAGAUGUGCUCUAGGUUGGCGGAGGCGUUUGGCGGUGUGACAAUAAUUCAAAAAGGCUCGAAGGAUUACAUUUCGAACGGCAAGUUCACGCUGGUGUCGGACGGUGAGGGCGGCUUGAAGCGAUCUGGUGGCCAGGGUGACACCUUGACCGGCAGUCUCGCGACCUUGCUGGCGUACAGGAAGGCAUACCAUGACAAGAUCUGGGACCAUGAGGGAGAUAUGGAGCCGCCAGAGACGCUAGCACUUGCGGCGUUUGGUGGAUCGGCAAUCACCAGGGAGUGCUCAAGACUGGCUUUCAAGGAGAAGGGCAGAAGCCUGCAGGCGGGCGAUCUGACCGAGCAUGUCCACCAGGCAUAUCUAAACAUUAUCGGAGAGAAGGGGAGCAAGUUGUAGGCGAGGAAAAUGGGCGCUUGGGAGCAUUUCUCGAAACUAGAGGCAUGAGAUACGAUAUCAACGAGAAACAGAACCAAUGUAUGAUAUGUCUUUGAACUAGGUUUGGGAGGUUCAAAGCCUCGUC